AAGAGAGAAGAACACUGUUUUCUUAAUUCAAACAAAUGUUUUCUUGUAACUUUUGUAUAAUAUUGCUAUAUGUGUAAACAGAUGKAAACAUAAGAUUUUUUAUCUGCCAUGSACAUCCACUACAUACUCUGUUCUAGUWMKUUCAGUAAUUAUCAUCCUUUCAGUAAUAAAGAAAUUAGUAAAAAUGUGUUUUGGGUAUUUUUUGGYUAAAAAUUGCAACAAUUCGACGGAAGUUUAUUUUUGGAAAAAUGUUGSAAAAGGAACUUCAUCUAUUUAACAUGCAGGUUUUCUGUAUGUGUGUAAUGUAACUGRAAAGUGCUCUGCGCAUGUGUGARCUGAUCCAAACUGAGCGCGGUCCACCUGUGGAGGCUGAGUAUGAUAAGGCAAUUACAGCUGCAGGUCGGGUUUCUGCUCUGCGGCGAAGCGGCUGAUGUGACACCGUUUCAGGCUGUAUUACAGAAGUAUAACCGCGAACAAGACGCCUGGAAAUAAAUUACAACAAGUUACUGCGGACAUCUGCCUUAUUACUGAGUCACUUCAUCAUUAUCUGUCAAGCUCAGCUGUCAUGAAUCCCGCAACCAGCAGACACGAUACAAACACGCCAGAGCGGUACRCCUCCCAGGCUUCAUCUUCUUCAUCAGGAACGGGAGGAAGUGGACAAACGGGAGGUUUGUAUCUAAAUGCCUAUGAGGUUUCGUUUCCCUUCGAAGAGAGUGUGGAGCGCCCAGCUGCCUACCACCUGAACCACGGCCAGCAGAUGGUUGAAGAGCCAGUGGUGCAGGAGUCUCUUCACGCCCAGUACAGCCCUUUCAUCCUGAUUUCUAACCUGCGGGCUCACCUCUACGUCUCUCUGGAGAAGAAUGCCUGGCUGCAGAAACGCAUCGAGGAGCUKGAAGAGGAGCGAAACUUCCUGCGCUGUCAGCUGGACCGCUUCAUCGUCAGCAUGAGGAGUCCAGAUGUGGYAGACUGGUGUGGAGAAGCCCAGCGUACUGUGAAAGUCCAGCCUGCCAGCUCUCCAUCUCCUCCUUCCCCGAUGACCACCAGGUCGGGGAUGACCCUCAAACGCCUCCAGGGCCCCGGWACUCGGAUCCGCCGCAACGUCACUGUCCCCGUCAAGCAAGAGUUUCAUCUYGAAGAAGACAAAUAUUACACAGAGGAAGAGUUUGUUGAGGAAGAGGAGGAGGAAGAGAUGGAGGAUGAUGCAGACUCGCCUGUGGAGAGCGGGUCAAAGAAGAAGAGCCGAGGGCGUGGCAGCGGAGAGCCGAAGAUGAAGAUGAGGAGGAUCUUCAGGAUCACGCAUGGAAGGGAGAGGCAAAGAGUUAAGGACCCAGAUGGGGUUCUGAUUCGCUAUAAGAAGAUUCUGUCCACAUACCAGCGGGUGAGGAGCAUGUCCAGAGCCUUCCAGAUCCACAGAGUCGACCGAAACACGAUGGCCUCCACCUCCCCGAUCGCAGAGCUCCUGCUUGUGGCCCCAGAAAAGGUGUUAACGUCACUUUUAUGACUAGAGCAGCAGGCAGAUCAAAAUAUUUUAUAUUAAUCAAAAAUUCUGUGAGCUCUCUGAAGGCUUUUCCUUGGAUUUUGGCUGCUUUACAUUUUCAGUAUUUGAGUGGACUUUUUUUUCGGUUUUAAAGCUUUUAAUGUAGUUUAAAUUUGAUGAAGAAAAUAACCUAUAAGAGUGACAAAUUCAGGAAUAACAGCACCAGAAAUUCACAUGAAGUAAAAUGUUUUUAUGGGUUGUAUUUCAGCUCAUCAGAAAUUGUAAGGARUUAUCAUUAUGUUUGUGCAAGAAAAUCAUUCAAACCUGUGCCUUCAACAGGUCAUURAUUUAGGACAUAGAUUGUCCUUGUUUGGUCAUUUUCCUGCUGAAUUUCUACAACUCCCUUAGAUUCCCACCUUUGUGAARACAUAAGUUUUUCUCCUGCAGGUGACUGAUGUWGGAGAGUUUGAGGCCUCCAAGGAGAAGCUUCUGGAUUAYGCCAGGCGAUGCUACAAGACCAUGGAUGAGGAGACGCAYGCUAAGGUCCAGAGCAUGAAGAAGACCAACAAGCUGCUCCCAAUCUCCUACAGGUUCAGGAACUGAGGAAGGGAAGUCCUGCUGGAAAUCUWAAUCUUCUUUGCCUUAAAAAUAAAGUUAUGCAAAGUGCUACCAGCCAAAAUACAAUAUUUAGUCUACAUAUAAGAGAUCCAUGUGAUGAGUUUUGUUUUGUUUUUUUCCYGUUGGRCAGAUUUYACUUUGAGUGGAUCCUUUUUUUCUUUUUUGCCUGCAGUAAUUUAAACAUAAGACACAAUGAUCGUCAUUGUCUGAGCUKYUUUGUUSUUGUAUUAUUGUUUUUGUUUGUACAUUAACUGAAGAUCUGUAUUAACUUAAUAGAAUGUAACAGAAUGUCRGUGAAUAUAUUUUGUUUUUUUAAAGAGAAAAAUUUAUUUUUACUCAGUGGUUACUGCAGGACGUCUACAUACCAAGCUCAGGAAUUUUGAUUUCUGUUAGACAAACUUUUUUUUUUUCACUUUGUGAUUUAGUCUUUUGCACACUGAAAAAUAAAUGUCCA